CCAAUCAGAUGGGCGGAAGUUUAACGUUGCGGUAAUCCGGUUCAGACGUGACAAGUGCGGCCGACUGAAUCUGUACGGAGUCUUCUUUUCCUCCUGUGCAGGCUCCAGAAACUCCUCUCCUCACUGUUCUACCACCGAGCUGGACGUGUGUGCGCAAGGCCAUGGUGGACUGAUAUUUGUUAGGAAGAGAAGCCUCCGUACAGCGGGGAGAACCGGUCCUUUGUAAGGCGAGUUUGCUCCGUCAGUUAGUGGGGAUGUUGUGCUCGGGGCUCGGGAUGAGCAGCGAGUAGCCCCUGACGCGUUUUCUCCUCAAGCAGGCCGGGACGAGCCCUUUCAGCUGAGCCCAGAGGAGCACAGGACACCCACAUGGGAGCGAGGAAAGCCUCCGGGAGCCUCUGGUGAUAACCGGGUGCUUGGACGCAGUUGAGCCUGCCCCGAACUGCCUCACCAAUUCCUGCUGAAAGUGAGACCCGACCAGGCUUCACGGUGGAAACGAGAAGAAGAGCAAAGAUGAAUGCUGUGCGGGGGGGCACAGUCACCUGGCGUCCCCAGCCGUGGCAGGAUGGGGACGGGGGAGGAGGAGAACCUCUGUCAGACAGCGACUCGGAGGAGGAGGACUUCCCCGAUGACAGUACCACGCCGCUGGGAGACUACAUCACGCAUGGACUGAAGCAGCUCCUGGACGCUCAGCAGCUGUGUGACGUUACUCUGCUUGUCGAGGGAAAAAAGUUCAUGUGUCACAGGGUCCUCUUGGCAGCCGUUAGCCCGUACUUUCGGGCCAUGUUCACCAGCCCUCUGGUCGAGUCCCGCCUCACUGAGAUCCGACUGGAGGAAGUGACGCCGUCUGUCAUGGAGACUGUCAUCCAGUUUGUGUACACCGGUGAGGCGGGGCUCUCUCUGGACACGGCUGAGGAUCUGUUUGUGGCUGCCAACCGUCUCCAGGUCAUGCCCCUUCAAGACCUGUGCUCCAGAUUUCUAUUUGAGCACCUCUCAGUGGAUAACUGCCUUGGGAUGUACUCUCUGGCCCGCUCUCACCACGACCAACUGCUACUGCGUGCCUCCCUGCGGCUCGUAGCCCAACACUUCCCUCGGGUGGCCCGGCAGAAAGACUUCCUCCUGUUGGACCAUGGUACCUUAGGCAGCCUCCUGAGCUCUGACCGCCUGGGGGUGGACUCCGAAGCCGAGGUUUAUGAUGCGGCGCGCCGAUGGGCAGAGCACCAGCCCUUGGAUCGCUACGCCCACAUGCCGGCGCUGCUUCACCACCUGCGGCCUGGACUGCUGUCUCAGGAAGAGAGCAGAAGACUGAGCCAGGAGUUGGGGCCUGCUGCAGCUGGUGAGGGCCUUGGGGGGCCUCUGAGACCACGGGAGGGCAUGUUUGAGAAAAAGAUUGUCUGCGUGGACCUGACACCUCGGGAGGAUGAGAAUUUAGCCACCAGAGACUACACAGUGGACUGCUUUGAUCCUCGGACAGGGAAGUGGGAGAAGUUAGCAGCACUAGGUUCACUGGUCAGCCCUGGUUGUACGGCUGUAGGCGACCGGCUCUUUGUAGCGGGGGGGAUCCUGCGGACAGGCUCUGUGUCUGCAGUCGUGCAUGAAUAUGAUGUAGUGUUGGACCGCUGGAUAGAGCGCCCUUCAAUGGUCCAGCCCCGGGCUAUGCUAGGCCUGUUGGGAUGUGGGGAGUCACUCUAUGCCUUGGGUGGUAGUAACCGCUCAGCCCUGCUGGACUCCAGUGAGACCCUGGAGCUCAGUACACUUCAGUGGACUCCGGGGCCUCGGCUACCGCUCCCUCUGCGCGCCUUCGCCUGCGCAGCAUUGCGUGGACGGCUUUACCUUCUGGGUGGAACCACACUUGAACAGAACCGAGCUGUGGUCCACUCUGGGGUGCUUAUUUAUCACACCCUGACAGACUGCUGGACACGUGUGGCUCUGGACUCUGGUGCCACCUGCCUCGCCGGAGGAGUAGCAGUGCGUGGAGGAGUCUGUGCCAUCGGGGGAUACAUGAGGGACACCACCAAGUUCCUGGAUGGAAACUACACCAAUCUGGAGACUUUAGAUGCCACUGGGCGUGUAUUGUUCUUCAGAGAAGGCAGGGGGUCUGGAGUAGAGAGGGAGGUGACUGGCGGAGGGGUGAUGGUCACGGCAGAGCAGCGGGGAGCUGCUGGUGGCGGUAGUGACAGAGCCCCAAGCCCUGUGGUGUUUCCUGGUCUGCCACGGCGGAUCGCAGCUGGCGGCGUGGCCAGGUGGAAACGUAGGAUUUAUGUGCUGGGUGGGGAAAACGGCUCACGCUUCUAUGACAGUGUUUAUUGUUGGAAGCCCGGCUGGCGUAGCUGGGUCCAGAGACGUGAAAAACUCCCUGGAGACACUGGAGGGGUGAGCCAGUUUGGGUGUACCACUUUAAAGUUCCCUAAGAAACACAUCCUGUCCAGACUGAGACUAGCCAAAGAAAACUGCAAGAAGGCAGCUGACUAGCUUGAUAGUAUGACUGAAGUCGAGGUUCAUGUGACACAUGUGACAUUAUGUGACAGAGUUUUAAUUCGCUCCUCCUUGACAUAAAAUGUCAGAGACCAUUUUAUACAGAGUGCAGCCACAGAGUAGGUCUGUUAUGGACUGGAUGCAGACAGAUGUUACGGAAUUUAGUGAGGAUAGUCAAAUGUACAGGCAGAGAGCAGCCAGAAACUAGUUACAAGUCAGGCACGAUGCACCUGAAGGUAACCUGUUUGUCAGGACAGUAAAGGAUCUUUUUAUUGUUUUCUAAAAGUGUAAAAUUAUUUUCAGCCUUUUGAUGGUGUAAUAUUUUAUGGCUGUUUGGAAACUAUUUCAAUGCUGUGAAUUUUUUUUUUUUAAGCAGCGCUUAGUUUAGACACAAGGAUACCUGCACAUUUCUAACCAUACUAUGUUCCACUUUAUUCGCCUGAGCCUAGUUUUUGUGUCUAAUGUGGGCCACCGAAGCCCUGUGAAGCUGCAAUUAAGGGCUAUACAAAUAAACCCUGAGUGGAAAUGUAUCACAGCAAACCUAUUUUUCACAUAACGUCUUGCAUGCAGGCAGUAUUUGCUUGUGCCAUCAGUUGUUUGGUGAACGUCCUGUUCUGUUCUUGACUCAUGACUUGAAGCCCUCAUCUCAGAGAGAUGACCUCAGAACUGCUGAAAACCUCAGUGUUUGGUUUGGCACAUCAGUGGCACGUCAGUUGUUAAGGGUGGUCUGCCCCACCUGUCCCAAGGCACUGCCUAAUUCUUGCAGAGCCUCGAUCACUAGUAUCAGUGCACAGGCGGCUAGAUCCACCCAACUGAUCUCAGGCCCUUGUGUUAAACAGGCCACGUAGUGUCUUUUUACAUGGUAGAAGCCAAGCUCUUGUGAUUUGAAAUAUUCUUGUAAAGCAUAUCAGUGGGAGAAAUGUGAAAGUAGGGCUGGAUAAUAUGCAAAACAUCCCAAAUGAAUGCUUUAAGUGUCAAAUAUCCAUUUGUCCUUUUCAGCUAGCAUUCUUAAAGGUCCAGUGUGUAAGAUUUAGCAGUAUUUAUUGGCAGGAGUGGAAUACAAUAUGUAUCAGUAUGUUUCCAUGAGUGUAUAACCUGAAAAGAAGAAUCGUUGAAGAA